UUUCAAUCAUUCAGGUCUUUCCAGCAACAAAAACCCAAGACCCAGUUUUUAUACCGUGUCAUAGGAGCCAGCCCUGGUGAAUUAUCUGUGGGAGAAGGGAAGAGAAAUAAGGGAAGUUUAUGGCAAGAUGGAUCUCAAGAAAUGAUGAGAUUGUGUGGGUUGGGGUAUUGGGUUCAAGGGUUGGUGUUUUCCAUGGUUUGCUUGAACUUCCACAUGACUCGUAAUCUUAACUUGGACCCUUCAACAUUGCAGCUUGUGCAAACUUGGGAACUGCCCAUGGUGGCUAAGCCACUUUGGGAUUCUCUCAGAUGCUUUUUUAUUGGGGGUGCUCAUAGAAUACCUUAUAUUUGCAUUGGAGUCCUUCUGCAGGUCCUGUCUUGGGGUCAAUUGGCUUUGUUUCCAGUUUCAGGUCAAGCCCUUCCCGCUCUCAUGGCAUGUGUUCUUCUCAGUAAUACAGGGGCAGCCAUUACCGAAGUCGCAAAGGAUGCUCUUGUUACAGAGUAUGGCAAAAAAAACCGAAUUAGCGGACUUCAGUCUUAUGCCUUCAUAGCUUUAGCUGCUGGUGGGAUCUUGGGGAACUUACUAGGUGGAUAUUUCUUACUCAAACUACCAUCCAGAAUGAUGUUCCUUGUUUUUUCGGUUCUAUUGUCCCUCCAGCUUGCAGUUUCUGCAUCGGCAAGAGAAGAAUGUCUUGGUUUAGCUCGACCUUUGGGUCAUAUUCCAACAGGACAGUCAGUUUCAGAAAAUAUCAGAAAACAGAUGUCUGAUCUUAUGAUUGCCAUCAGUGAAGACAGCAUUUUCUGGCCUUUAACUUGGAUUGUAGCUUCCAUUGCUUCGGUUCCUAUUCUGUCGGGCUCAAUCUUUUGCUAUCAGACUCAGUGCCUACAUCUUGAUCCCUCAGUUAUUGGAAUGUCACGAGUAAUUGGCCAGUUGAUGCUUCUUUCCUUGACCGUGCUUUAUAACCGUUAUUGGAAAGAAAUUCCCAUGAGGAAGUUGAUCGGUGCUGUGCAAAUUUCGUAUGCAUCUUCCCUUCUUCUUGAUCUUUUUCUGGUAAGACAAAUCAAUCUCUGUAUCGGAAUACCCAAUGAAGUGUUUGCCCUCUGUUUUUCGGGUUUGGCAGAGACUCUUGCACAGUUUAAGAUCCUUCCUUUCACGGUGCUACUUGCAACUCUGUGUCCACGGGGUUGCGAAGGAUCUCUUACUUCUUUCUUGGCAUCAGCAUUGUGCCUAUCAUCAAUUGUUAGUGGAUUUUGCGGAGUCGGGUUGGCUACUUCUCUUGGAAUACAAUCCAGUGAUUACUCAACGUUGCCUAUAGGAAUUUUGAUACAGUUCCUUGCUGCACUGUUGCCUUUAGGAUGGAUUCAUCGAGUACCUAUGUCUCUAUCUGAUGAGAAGAAAAUAAAGAAAGGUCUGAGUAAAAGAAACCGAAAAACUAGAAGGGUUGGAAGAGUUGUGGUCGGUUCAGUUUAUGCUUACCGACGAGAAAGAGAAUCUGAUGCACAGAAGUAGAGAAGCUAUUCAACUUGGAUGUGAGAUCUUCUUAUGAGCAUAUGAGCUGAAAAAGCAAGAACAUGCCGGACAGUUGAAGUCUGUUAUUUCAUUGAGCUAGGGUCAUCAGCAGUACGAAUUCACCCAGCAGUUUUGCAACAUACAACAAGGUCUUGCUUCCGAACAUUGCAUUUCUUUUGUUUUGAGCUCCGGCUCUAAGGAGAUCGGCUUGCAGUACCAACCAGAUCAUGAGGCUGUUGUUGCUGACAGUUCAUAUCGUCUCGGUGGUGUCGAUGUGCGGAUUGAGGUUCACCAUAGAUUUAGUAUGAUGUGCAGAUGAAAAUUUUGUAAGAAAAUUUUUGAUUGGUUUAUGUUGUUUGCUCUGUAACAAUGAUCUUAGUUCGAGGAUAAUGAGAUU